AUGGGGAGCGACACGCGUAAGAGACAGUCGCGUCGUGACGAAGCCAUUCGGAGACGCAUUGAGACAGAGCUGAGCCGCAAGUCCGGCAAGCCCGGCACGCCUCAGCAGAACCGCCGCCGGAACCCCAUGCAGGCGGGUACCGUGUCGGCCCUGCGCCCCCUGCCCGCACUCACCGUUCCCCAGUCUAUGAGCAUCACUGACGCAAGUCAGCUGUGCGCAGCCAAGCGUACAGACUGCGUCCUGGUCGUCGACGACGACGAACACCUGGCCGGCAUCUUUACCGCCAAGGACUUGGCGUUCCGUGUAUGUGUAUAA